GGAUGUUGUGCAACGCUCGAAUCUUGAAGUGACAGGUUCUUGCCCUCUUUGUAGUCAAGAGCUAGAGACUAAGCACCAUCUAUUUUUUCAGUGUCCCUAUAUGCAGGAAGUGUGGAGCACUGUAUUCCCCUCCCCAAGGCGGCUUCCGAUUCCCAGUGACUUGCAGCAGGCGGUGGUAUUAGCUACUAGACGACUCAGCAAAUACUUGGUGGGCAGAAUACUCUAGUGUCUUGUACUAAGCGAGAUAUGGCGGGAAAGAUGCAGGAGAGUCUUCGGUGGGAAGCAGUUAACGGUGGUAGGGCUUGUCAAAAGAAUGUAGGGAGUGAUGGAAGCUAAAGAAGCAUGAUAUUCAGAGUUUGCUGACUCGGCUCUGAUCCGCUCACUGUGGUACAAAGUGUAGUCUUGUUGUAGCAAUUCUCAGCUUCUGGGAUUGUCGGUAGUUUGGGUUGCAGGUGCGUUGCAGAGUUUUUUCCCCCCCCCUUCUUCUGCUUGUAACUAGUGCGAGUUAGGUUUUUCAGUUUAGCUGUAGAGGUUUCUUUUCCUUCUGCCUGUAACUAGUGUGGAUUUUGUACAUAUUGUAUUUGAUGAAAUAAAGGCUCACCCAUUCAUAUAAAAAAAAUAAAAAUAGCGGAAGUGUUGAUGUGGAGACGAGUGAUUGGGUUAUGUAUAGUUACUCAAUGUUAGUCAUCCGAUCGGAUCCACUUCAAACUCAAGUAAAUCUAAAAAAAAAAAAAAAACUUCGGAAAUAGCAAUAUUGUCUUGUUUAAUUGGAAACCAUAUCCACUUUGAGCACCCGAGCUGUCACUUCUUCUCAAUGGCAACCACCCGCUUCGGCACUUCCCUUACCCCGCCUCCUCUCACCGGUAAUACAGUAGCGGCGCCGGCGAAAAACCCACCCGUACACUUCCCGACCUCAUCUUCACGUAUCUUUCUCCAAUUUCAAUGCUCCAAUCCGUCGCCUCGGUGCCAUUCUCCCACUCUUGACGCUCUGAUUUCGCCUUUCUCGGUGCGGCCUCAGACAACGGGCAGGUCACGGGCGGUUUUCAAUGAGGGAUCUGUACUGACAGAGGAGAGCAGCAGCGUCGGCUUCUCUGGAAAUGGAUCGAGAAAAGAAGUCCGGCCGUGCGAGCUGUACGUCUGUAACCUCCCGAGGAGCUGCGAUAUUCCGCAACUCGCCGAAAUUUUCAAACCCUACGGAACAGUUGUGUCCGUCGAGGUUUCCAAGAACCCAGAAACUGGGGUGAGUCGAGGUUGCGGUUAUGUGACAAUGGGUUCACAAAGUUCAGCCAGAAAAGCAAUGCAUUCGUUGGAUGGCUAUGAUGUUGAAGGGAGGGAAAUGCGAGUUAGGUUUUCAGUUGACAUGACUUCGGGUAGGAGAAUUGAGAGAAAUGAGGAGGUCAUGACAACUGCAUCGCCCUCGAGAACCCUAAUCUAUGAGAGCCCGUACAAGUUGUACGUCGGCAAUCUGGCCUGGACAAUAAGACCGGAUGCGUUGAGGAAGAAGUUCAGCGAGUUUGGGAAUGUGGUCAGUGCAAGAGUGUUGUAUGACCGUAAGGGAGGAAAGAAUCGUGCUUAUGGGUUUAUAUCCUUCUCCACUUCAGAAGAACGUGAGGCUUCACUAUGUUUGGACAGUACAGACUUUCAUGGUCGGGUAUUGGUGGUUAGAAAAGGUGUUGACAGGCAGGAUCUUUGAGCGAGGAUUUUUGUUGACAGCCAGGAGACCUGUGACAAAUCAAUAGCUGUUGUUUCAUCAAGGAGCUAUGACAUGAAGCAUAUGCAGAUCCCUCUGGUCAGUAAUGGAAGCCUGUCACAAUCAGUCGUUGGUGCCGUUUCACAGUAUUCAAUCCAGUUCUUCUGAUGUCGAACACCCUUCCAAAAGUUUUGUGCAAGUUAAAAUCGUUAAGCUUGUCGAGAGAUUGAGAUACAGGUUCUGAUUGGCAGCUUUAGACUGUUAAACAAUUUUGGUUUUGAUCUCUAGUUCAGUCUGCCGAUUACCGUGCAUGUAGCAUAUCAUAUUAGUUAUAGAUAGGAAACUUGCUGGUUGACUGUUUCGUCUUCGAUAUUGUUCUUCUAGCCUCUAAAUCGUGCGUGGUACAGUCGUCAUUGUACUUCCAUUUUGACCACAUCCAGUUGAACAUUGUUUUGAAGUCGUAGCAAAUUACAUUCCCUCUUUCCUGAAGAAUUAACGGAGCUGCUUGUGGCAAAGAUGGCGUUAUCAUGAUGCGAGUCUAGACGGGAAAGUGGUAAUUACUCAUUACUGUAAUUUUGGUCUGUCUAUGUUAUGAUUUUGCCUUCGGAAAAUAGGUAAGACCGUUUGAAAAAUCGUGGACCAAAUUGGACUGCAUAAUUUGGUUUAGAGUAAAAACAAUGACAUUGC